GCCCGAGGUCCCUUCAGCCCCCCCAUAAAAUAUUUGAGGGGGUCAGGCCUCCCCACAAGCUGUUGGGCAUUGUCAUUCAAAUGGCGUGUCUUGUGGUCGAUUAGGGCUUACCUGCCUGACCCCCCAGUAUUUUAUUCAAGUUGGCACCAUGGGCAUAGCCAGGAUUUUUUGUUUUUGGGGAAGUUGAGCUUUUUUUGGGGGGGGGAGAUAGCCCCCAAAGUUGUUGUUUUUUAAGUGGGUGUGGUGGGCAGAACUACAGUUGAUCGAGAAUUUUUACUCAUUUUUGAGGAUUUACAUGCAUGCCUGGCGCCCACUAAGUCCACCCAAACUCCAUUUGCCGUGUGCUUCAGUUUUUAACUUUGGGCUUGCUUUCCUAGGAAGCGACCACCACUGAAUAGGAUGGAUCCCUGCUUUUGACAGAUGGGGCAUAGGUUUGCGCUCUUAAGAGGGCAAUUCCCUAUAAAGUUGCUACUGAGUGUUUCCUGUGGGAAAUGUUCCUCUGCAAAACAUGACUGGGUUCGAGGUUGGGUGGACACUUGUCAGGAAUGAUUCAUUCAGCUGUGGUUCCCACACUGCAGAGAGUUGGAAUAGACCAGCCUUUGGGGUCCUUUCAAACUCUAUAGGAUUCUGUGUUGCGCACCUGCAGUCCUUUUCUAGUUUAUCUGGGGCAGGGGAACCUCACCCAACACAGCCAUAGGACUUGCUUUCAAUUAAGCUCGCAUGGCUCACGUACUCGAAUCGGGCCAGACUGUAGCUAAGCGGAAAGUGCCGCAUAUAUAUGGAAAGAAACAGUCGAGUGCUUUGAAAAAUGAAGAUGCUGCACAAAGGAAGGCGGCACUUGAAGCUGCCAUUAGAAAGAAGAUUGAGGCUGAGCGAAAAGCCUUGCAGGUUGUCGAACGUCUGUUGGAAGAAGAUAUUACAGAAGAAUUCCUUGUGGAUUGUGGGAAGAUUAUAACACCUCCUCACUAUAAGGAUGUUGUGGAAGAACGAUUUAUCAUCAAGUUGUGUGGCUACCCCAUAUGCCAAAAGAGGCUACAGAAUGUGCCAAAACAAAAGUACAAAAUAUCAACCAAAACAAACAAAGUGUAUGAUAUUACUGAAAGAAAGUGUUUUUGCAGUAACUUCUGCUACAGAGCAUCAAAAUACUUCGAAGCUCAGAUUUCAAAAAGUCCUGUGUGGCUGCGAGAAGAAGAAAGGCCACCAGAAAUUGAAUUGCUGAAGGAUGGGGAAAGUGGCCACUCUGGGAAGGAAGUAAAAUUAGUCAACGAAGCAAUCAACACUUUAGACGUUGAAAACCCUCUCCCAGCAGUGACCCAGGGCGACUCCAGCAUAGACAGUGAGAGCAGCAGUGAGGCCGAACAAGAAUUUGUCUCCUCUGUUCUGCAAGAAAAGAGUGUACAUCCAUUGCCCAGGAAGGGUAUUCUCAAAGAGAAGUGCAUGCGGAGAGCACAACCCAAACCUACCAAUGCAGACGCCUCCAUUGAUGAUGCCGCAGAGCAGUUAAGUCGGUGCAAAUUAGACACUCAAGGAAAAGAACAUGUUCUGGAUAGCUCUCGGAUUAAAGGAGCUCCUGUUUCUCUAUCCAGUCCUACUCCUGAAACUGUCCAGCUCUCUGAAGGCUUUGGAGAUAGCUCCAGCGGCUCGCAAGUAGUUUUCCUGGGUGUGAGCCCAAAAGGGGCAGAACUGUUUAAAAGGUUGCUUGCCAAAUCGAAACAGAUUGCGAAGCCCACCUCGGAAGACCCAGCCAACCUGCUCACUGCCAAAUAUAGCUUGCUAGAAGGGCUGAGGCAGACCUUUACUGAAUGGAAGACUGAGGAAACGGCAAAGCUCCUCCAAGGCAGCGACGCCGCAGCCACCUAUGCCCCACAGCCCUCUCUGGCAGCUGGCCAUGAGGAAGAGGAGGAGCUUGAUGAGGAUGACUUGGAGAGUGACAACGAACCUAACAAAGCCGCUUCUGAGAGAGGCGCCCAGAACCCUUUGAGCCAGCCGUUGCCUUUCAAGGCCUCGAGCCCAGCAGCGAAACCUAUACCCAGCUACGAGAAACUGAAAGAAGAGACCUCGCAGUUAGAGUUAAAGGUGCAGGAAUUUUACAGAGGAAACUUCGCCUUAGGCGAAGAAGAUCUGGCAACCCUGUCGAGAGGGGAGCAGCAUCACAGCAAUGACAAUGGUGAUCAUCAGCGGUCCCCUGCCCUCCCGCUUGUAGAUUCUAAAGCUCAACAGCAGAUUCGGACACGGAUUGUCCUCGAAAAGCUGCGAAAAGUUUUGCCUGCUGUUUUGGGCCCUCUUCGGAUUCCUCUUGGGGACGUUUACAGUGAACUUAAAGAUCUCGUUAAGACGUUCAGGUUAACAAAUACAAAUAUUAUUCACAAAACUCCCGUAUGGACCCUGAUUGCCAUUGUGCUUUUGUCCGUGUUGUCGCAAAACAUUCCCGUCUUUGCAAGUUCCCAGCACAGCCAAGGAUAUUCGCAGUUCCUGGCUACUUUGCUUGAAGAAUUACACUUCAAAAAUGAAGAUUUUGAAAGUUUAACAAGAAUAUUCAGAAGCAAUAGUCUUCCAUAUUGAGGCAUGACGGAGGAAAGGGAGGCCUUUGAUGUUCCUCUCCUGGCCUGCCCCAGUAUGGCGUAUUUUUGGCCCCUCCAACAUCGCAGCUCCAUCUUCAUGGGAGCACCAGCUGUUAACUUUUGUUCGGCAUCCUGGAAGCGGCUUGCAAGUUCAGAUCUCCCUCUCAGAAGAUGUCUUUCUCCGCCCUUGGAGAUUGUUAUCAUUUAACACAAUUCAGUAUUUAUUUACUGUUUUCUGUUUCCAAGUAUAGAUGAACUUUUUCACACAGUUAGGGCUUGAUACAUUUGAGACAUUACAGAUUAAGAGGGAAUUUUAUAUUUUAGAGUUCAUAUCAAAUGCCACCGAAUCAGAUGGCAUUCACCGGAUUAAGCAUAUCACUGAAAAUGAAACUGUAAUACAGUAGGUUUGAUAAUGCUGCUUUCAUGAUAUCGAUGGAACUUUUCCUUGUUCUUUUAUCUGCAGAAUAAGUUGAUCAUCAUGCGCUUCUUUUUCUAUGCUGAAAUUGGAUCAAGAUGUGAAGUGACACUACCAAACAAAUUUAAUUUAAGUACACCAAAUGGAGAAAACAACAAGAAUAAAACUUAUUGGUCGAGUUUGUAUGAAACAGUGAUAUGAACGAAGGCUGAUCUGUAAUUCACCAUUGAAUUUAACACAACUGUUGAAUACAUCAAGCCAAACUGAAGCUCUUGUAUGAUGAAUAUUUUUCAUCUUUCUCAUUUCUUCAGAUAAGUGGGCUAUGCUAAGAUUUGGACACUGAGACAGAUCAUCUUUCCGGGUCUUUCACUAUUUUCAUCAAGUUGCCCUAAUGAAGGGGUGGCUGUCCAUAUCCUAUUGGACUUCAGCUUCUAUUAGCCACAGCCAUCAUGUCCUUUGUUCAGGGAUUAUGGGAGUUGUAGUCCACCAACAUUUGGAGGGCAAAAGGUUCUUCAUCAUUAUAAUGGAACACCAACAUUUUGUGUGUGUGGCCGUGUGCCAUUAACUUCCUAAGGAAAUUGUGUCAUUCAGCAUUUCUGAAAAGUUAAAGCAAAUCUAAGGUGCAGUUCUUUGAUUUUUCCCCCCAGAAAGAAGUGCCUUAGUAAAGUAUAGCAAAGAAACAUAAUCUGAAUUGUCAUUGCAGUAGUCACAAAAUAAUAUAACAUCCUAUGGUUAUUAUGAUAUGGAACUUCUUAAUAAAGUGCUUAUUUUGCUUAUUUA